AUAAAUUCCGCAUACAAGCACAAACGGUAUGCAUACGGUAGCACAAACAGUGCUGCCAGCUCCAAAGGCAAUUUCUUAAUAUUCGCUUCAAUCAGACUUUUCACUUGUCACUUUGACAUUUAUUUCACUUGUUACUAAACAAUAAAUGUAUUCAUACAUUUAAAAUGUGGAUAAAACAUAAAAUAAUUCAUGUUGGAGCCAGCAUGGCUAACAUUAAAACUGAAAAUGGUCAGUUUAUAAUGUUUUGUGUUGUAAAUGGUGAUACAAUGGAAUACAAAGCUACCAACAUGGAUGAGACUUAUGCUGAAAAAUUAAAAAUCUCUGAAGUUAUGAAUCGCGUUAAGGAGUUGAACAAACGAAUACGCUUUGAUGAAAAAACGGUUUGUGACACAUUGACACAGCGACAACCGGAUGAUGAAAUUUGGUUAGAUGAGCAUGAUGAUUCGAAAGGUUUGAAAUUAAAAUAUAUGAUACGUAAGUGUCCAUUUAACUUUAAUUUCUAUCUCAAAAAGCAAGCUGAAGAGGAGCAUAAAUACUCAUUGAUGGUGCCACUCUUUAAAACCAUUGCCAGUUUGAGCGAGCAAAUUGUUGAGUUGAGAGACGCUGUUACACGUAAAGAUGUUGAAAUUCAGCAGUUUAAGAAAGAAGGUGCUAUUUUAAAGAGAACUACUGUUGCCACAUCAAUUUUUAACUUCGAUGACUUUGAUAAGAAGUAUGACGAGUGUAAUAAACUAGCAAAGGUGUUGGAGCCAGUUGGGUUGCUUUUCAUUGAACAGUUACAAAACAGUACUGAACUGGAGGCAGUAUCAAACUCUGAUGUUGUAAUGGUUGAAAAAAACUGUGAAUCACCCAAAAACUGUGAAUCACCUAAAAAGAGUGAAACUCACAAAAAAGAGCAAACUAAAAGUCCAAAGGAUAGGUAAGCUUGUAUACAAAGUAGUACAUUGUGACCGAAAGG